CGAGUCUGACCGCAAAGCAGAAACUCCUUUUCAAUUCGAUCCAGUACGACGCGAAACAGGGGUCGGAUUUCCAAAGGCUCGAGCAGAUGGGGGAUUCGGAGUGGUACAGCACCUGCAUGCACAGAAUGCACCGGUUCAUGCCAGCGACUUCCGAGGGGGAUUUCACCAAUUUCUCCCAGUCCAGCGGUAUGGUGCGGAAGCAGGGGGUGAAGCAAAUGGAGUCGAAUGUCAUCAUGAUAUGCAACACAAAUAAUUUCCCGUACAUUUACAAAAUGCAUCACAAGUUGAAACUUCGCUAAGAGUAAGAACGCGGGGUUGCGUCAAACUACUUGUCAUGCUGACCACGAUUGAAGGCAAGUUUUGUCAUGCAGAAACAGCAUUUGCUUUUGUACGCGUACGGAAAAUUAUUUACAAUGGAUACAUGGCACUGUGCUUCUACAAGAUGUGUCUCGGGGAACUGUUUGCGAAGAAUUUGAUCAAGUGCAGCAUAUCCUGCGCAAAAGUAUCGCACCUGUAGUAUUAAUUGCGUUUCUGCAUUACAAAUCUCUUUCUCAAGGUAAAUCAGCACUACAAAUUCAAUUUGUAAUGCCGGCUAAUUUGUAAUGCGAUGUAAACUAGUACGAUGCUUUUGCACAGCAUAUAGCAACAUGGACACGAAGUCGAACGCCCAACUGCAAACCGCAUUGUCGAAGUGUGAGAAUUUUUGGCUUCAUUGGGACAAAACCCACCUAAGAUUCGGGGAAGGCUGGUGGAAGGCGAGGCAAAAUGUCGUUUCUCGACGAGAUUUCGAGGAAUUUAUGGACGACGAGACGAAUUUUAUCGACGAGAAG